AAAUUUCAAAUAACUUUAAUAAACGAUUUUUAUAUGCCGCAACCUAUGUGAUAAGGAUAAAGUGUAUUUCUAGUGUUUGCAGCAAUAAUAUACACCCACUAUAAAAAAACUUUGGAAUUUUGGCAACCCGGCAUCGCGUUUUCUAUUGUUCUGCUCUUUUUUUAAGCGGCUUCGUCGCGUGAAGAUUGUGAAAAUUGUGUGUUUUCCAUAUCGUGUUUAACCGUGUGAAAACUACAAAUAAAAAUGGCUGCAGACCAGGCACAGUUUCAACAGCUCCUGAGCUCCUUGCUCUCCAUGGACAAUGAAGUUCGCAAACAGGCCGAGGAAACGUAUAACAAUCUGUCGCGAGAGGUAAAGGUAACACACCUGUUGGGCAACAUUCACAAUGGCCAACAAUCGGAGGAGGCGCGCCAAAUGGCCGCCGUGUUGCUGCGUCGCCUCUUCACAUCCGAGUUUAUGGAAUUCUACAAGGAGCUGCCCGUUGACUCGAAAAAUCAGCUGCUGCAGCAGAUCCUGAUGGCCGUGCAACAGGAUGUGACGCCGCAAUUGCGACGCAAAAUCUGCGAGGUAAUUGCCGAGGUGGCGCGCAAUCUGAUCGAUGAGGACGGCAACAAUCAGUGGCCGGACAUUCUGCAGUUUCUGUUCCAAUGCGCCAAUUCACCAACGCCGCAGCUGCAGGAGUCGGCAUUGCGAAUCUUCAGCAGCGUACCAUCGAUCUUUGGCAAUCAGGAGACGCAGUAUAUUGAGCUGAUCAAACAGAUGCUGGCCAAGAGCAUGGAGAACACCGAUGCUGAAGUGCGCGUACAGGCGGUGCGCGCCAUUGGCGCCUUUAUACUCUACCACGACAAGGAGAAGGAGGUGACCAUAUACAAGCAUUUUGCGGAUCUUCUGCCGCGCAUGAUUGUCAUCACGGGCGAAACGAUUGAGGGCCAGGACGAUCAAAGUUUGCUCAAGCUGCUCAUCGAUAUGACCGAGAACUGCCCGACGUACUUGCGGCCCCAGGUGGAGUACAUUUUCGAGAUGUGCAUGAAGGUGUUCAGCUCACAGGACUUUGAGGAUAGCUGGCGUCAUCUGGUUCUUGAGGUUAUGGUCUCUUUGGCGGAAAAUGCGCCCGCCAUGGUGCGCAAGCGUGCAGAGAAAUAUAUAAUUGCGCUCAUUCCGCUCGUUUUGCAAAUGAUGACCGAUCUGGAUGAGGACGAGGAUUGGGCGACGGCCGAUGUCAUCAAUGAGGAUGAUCACAGCGACAACAAUGUAAUUGCCGAAUCUUCCCUGGAUCGCUUGGCCUGCGGACUGGGCGGCAAAACGGUCUUACCCCAUGUCAUGAACGCCCUGCCAGGCAUGCUGAACCAUACGGACUGGAAGCAUCGCUUUGCCGCUCUAAUGGCCAUCUCGGCCAUCGGCGAGGGCUGUCACAAGCAAAUGGAGGCCAUACUUGAUCAGGUCAUGUCCGGUGUGCUCAACUAUCUGCGCGAUCCCAAUCCACGCGUACGUUACGCCGCCUGCAAUGCAAUUGGUCAAAUGUCCACGGACUUUGCGCCCACAUUCGAGAAGAAGUUCCAUGAACAGGUGGUGCCUGGCUUGCUGCUGCUGCUAGAUGAUGAGCAAAAUCCGCGUGUGCAGGCGCACGCCGGCGCUGCUUUGGUCAAUUUCAGUGAGGACUGCCCCAAGAAUAUAUUGACACGCUAUUUGGAUGCAAUCAUGGCCAAGCUGGAGACCAUUCUCAAUUCCAAGUUCAAGGAGCUAGUCGAGAAGGGCAACAAGCUGGUGUUGGAGCAGGUGGUCACCACGAUUGCCUCCGUCGCAGAUACGUGCGAGCAUGAGUUUGUCGCCUACUACGACCGCCUGAUGCCCUGCCUCAAGUUCAUCAUACAGAAUGCCAACUCGGAGGAUUUGCGCAUGCUGCGCGGCAAGACGAUUGAGUGCGUGAGUCUGAUCGGCCUGGCCGUGGGUCGUGAGAAAUUCAUUAACGAUGCCGGUGAGGUAAUGGACAUGCUGUUGAAAACCCAUACCGAGGGCGAUCUGCCCGAUGAUGAUCCGCAGACAUCGUAUCUGAUAACCGCAUGGGCGCGCAUGUGCAAGAUUUUGGGCAAGCAAUUCGAGCAGUAUUUGCCGCUGGUUAUGGGUCCAGUUAUGCGCACCGCUGCCAUGAAGCCCGAGGUGGCGCUGCUGGACAACGAUGAGGUCGAGGACAUUGAGGGCGAUGUCGAAUGGUCGUUCAUUACACUGGGCGAACAGCAGAACUUUGCCAUACGCACCGCAGGCAUGGAGGACAAGGCAUCCGCCUGUGAAAUGCUCGUGUGCUAUGCACGCGAACUGAAGGAGGGCUUCGCCGAAUACGCCGAGGAGGUGGUGCGUCUAAUGUUGCCGCUGCUCAAGUUUUACUUCCAUGAUGGGGUGCGCUCGGCUGCCGCCGAAUCGUUGCCAUAUUUGCUCGACUGCGCCAAGAUCAAGGGUCCGAACUAUUUGGAGGGCAUGUGGCUCUACAUUUGCCCCGAACUGAUCAAGGUUAUCAAUACCGAACCGGAGCCGGAUGUUCAGUCCGAGCUGCUCAAUUCGCUGGCCAAAUGUAUUGAGACCCUGGGACCCAAUUGCCUUAACGAGGAGGCCAUGAAGCAGGUGCUCGAGAUAAUCAACAAGUAUGUGCUGGAGCAUUUCGAGCGGGCCGACAAGCGUCUGGCUGCCCGCACGGAGGAGGAUUACGAUGACGGCGUUGAGGAAGAGCUGGCCGAACAGGAUGAUACUGAUAUAUAUAUACUGUCAAAGGUGGUGGACAUCAUACACGCACUCUUCCUAACCAACAAGGCGCAAUUUUUGCCCGCCUUCGAUCAGGUGGCACCGCACUUUGUCAAACUGUUGGAUCCCAAUCGUCCAUUUGCCGAUCGCCAGUGGGGCGUUUGCGUAUUCGAUGAUUUAAUCGAAUUCUGUGGUCCCGCUUGUACGCCGUAUCAGCAAAUCUUUACGCCUGCACUGCUGCAGUAUGUGCUGGACAAGUCGCCGGAUGUGCGCCAGGCUGCUGCCUACGGCUGUGGGGUUUUGGGCCAGUUUGCUGGCGAUCAGUUUGCCCAUACAUGCGCUCAGAUCAUUCCGCUGCUGGUGCAGGUCAUCAACGAUCCGAGGGCACGCGAAAUUGAGAACAUAAAUGCGACGGAGAAUGCAAUUUCGGCAUUUGCCAAAAUACUUAAAUACAACAAGUCGGCAUUAACCAAUCUGGAUGAGCUAAUUAGCGUUUGGUUCUCAUGGCUGCCCACCUCCGAAGAUCCCGAAGAAGCCGCCCACAUCUAUGGCUAUCUGUGCGAUCUGAUUGAGGCCAAUCAUCCAGCGAUUUUGGGCGCCAACAAUUGUAAUCUGCCACGCAUCGUUUCCAUCAUCGCGGACACGUUCUGCACAAAUGUCUUGGAGGCAAAGAGUGCACCCGGUACCCGCAUGCUAACCAUUGUCAAGCAGAUUGAGUCCAACCCAGACGUCAUGCAGGCCUGCGCGAGCAUAUUAAGUCCGGAGCAGCAGCAGGCAUUGCAGGACGCCUAUCGGGAGCUGGCCGCUGCGCCGUCUACCUAAACCUAGGGGCUUCCUCCAUUUACCAGCUCUUUCAGCAGCUCCAGCACGUCUCUACGCAUGAGAAAAUGUAAUCAAACACAAAAAAAAAAAAAAAAACAAACUGUAGGAUUCACAUACAUACUUAAAUUCAGACAAUGAAAAUGUAAGCUGAAAAGUAUAGAAAAAGCCGAAAAGCUUUCUUUCCGUUAUCGUCACAUUUUUGUGAGCAAAA